AUGGCGCAAAUACAGCUGCGAGCGAAGGCUCUGCGGAGCUUUCGGGCUGCUGCUGCCGCUGCGCCGACAACGGUGCGCUGCUACGGGACCGAAAUCGAGCCCGACAAGUCCAAGUCGCUCAGGCAGGGCAACGAGGCCAAGCUGGGCCGGUCGUUCCCGGGACAGGUCAUGGGCAGCAUCGGCGCGCGGCUGAGGAGGGAGAGGGAGCAACGCGAGCACUACGAGAAGUGGCGCGACCUGACGGAUCCCGCCAUGAACUGGAUGACCACAUUUAUGUUCCUGUCCAGCGUCGGCAUCGCGUACUGGUUGGGCACCUACUGGCCGCGCGAACCGGACCCCGGCUCAACCCUCCCCCUGUCCAAAACGCGCAAGCCGCCUCACAAUACCAAGCUGGAGAAUAUGCGCGCCGCCUGGGCCGACUUCAUCAAGAUCGUGGGCCUAGACAAUGUCAGCACGCUGGAAACGGACCUCGAGCACCACGCCACGUCGGCCUGGUCGACGCAUCGCCCCAAACCGGACGAAAAGCCCUUUUGCGUCGUGUAUCCGGGCUCGACCGAGGAGGUCUCCGAAGUCAUCAAGAUUUGCCAUGCGAGGAGGAUCCCGAUCGUUGGCUACAGCGGCGGCACGAGCCUCGAAGGCCACUACGCACAGACGAGGAAGGGCGUCUCCAUCAACUUUGCGAGGAUGAACAAGGUCUUGGCCCUGCACAAGGACGACCUCGAUGUCAUUGUCCAACCCGCCGUCGGAUGGGAGUCUCUGAACGAUGAUCUGGCCAAGGAGGGCCUGUUCUUUCCACCCGAUCCGGGCCCGGGUGCCAUGAUCGGGGGCAUGGUCGGCACGGGCUGCAGCGGCACCAACGCCUACCGCUACGGCACGAUGCGCGAAUGGGUUCUCGGCUUAACGGUCGUGCUGGCCGACGGCACCAUCAUCAAGACGCGGCAGCGUCCCCGCAAGAGCUCCGCCGGCUACGACCUCACCAAGCUCUUCGUCGGGUCCGAGGGCACCCUCGGGCUCGUCACCGAGGCCACGCUCAAGGUCACAGUCAAGCCGCCGGCCACAAACGUCGCCGUCUGCACGUUCCCCACGGUGCACCACGCCGCCAGCUGCGUCAGUAGGGUCGUCGGCCAGGGCGUGCCCAUUGCGGCCGUUGAGAUCCUCGACGACAACCAGAUGCAAUACAUCAACGCCGCAGGCAUGACGUCGCGGUCCUGGGCCGAGGUGCCCACGCUCUUUUUCAAGUUUGCCGGCACCCCGGCCGGCGUCAAGGAGCAGAUUUCCCAGGUGCAGGCCCUCGCGAGGAAGGCCGGCAGCAAGACAUUUGAGUUUGCCAGGAACCAGGACGAGCAGGACGAGCUCUGGAGCGCAAGAAAGGAGGCGCUGUGGAGCGUCAUGGCUGUGGGUCGCGAGGGCGAUUCCGUCUGGACAGGUGACGUGGCGGUACCGAUGAGCAGGCUGCCGACGCUGAUUGAGGAGACAAAAGAGGACAUGAGGAAGAGCGGAUUGAUUGGUUCCAUUGUAGGACAUGUGGGAGACGGAAACUUUCACACCAUUUUGAUGUACAGCGAAGCUCAGCGGCCAAGGGCGGAGAUGGUGGUGCACAGAAUGGUCAAGCGGGCCAUUGAGAUGGAGGGCACGGUAACGGGCGAGCACGGCGUCGGCCUGGUCAAGAGAGACUACCUGCCUCACGAGCUGGGCGAGUCGACGGUAGCCGCGAUGCGCCAGAUCAAGAAGGCGUUUGAUCCUUUAUGUCUGUUGAACUGCGACAAGGUGGUUCGGAUGCAGAAGCCGAAGCGUGGCGAGGUGCAGGAGUGGUGA